AUGACCUGGCGAACGAUGAAACCUUUGGCCCGCGAGCAAUCGUCAGCGUUCUGCAUCAGCACCACCGUCGGUCUGUUCCUGUUCGGGGCGCUCGUCCUAGCGGUGGUGACCGAUGCCGAUCCGAUGGUGGAUAGUGCCAGCAGCUUGUACGGCGAUAACAAACAUGCAAGCGAUAAGCGCCCGUUCUUCGUUGGCAGCCGGUACGGACGAUCGCACGUGUACGGUGCGAAGGAUUUACGGCAGGUGAACGUGGUACCGCGUAACGAUCGCUUUUUCCUCGGCUCGCGGUACGGCAAACGGUCCGACCUGACGAAGGAAAUUGAAUCCGACAGCAAUAAUGGUAUUGCCGAGCUGACCUAUCUCGCCUGUCUGCAUACGGGCGUUUCGAACCUGUACCGAUGCUACAGUCGCGAUUCGUCCUCGGGUGCUUUACACCAGCAGGACACGGAUCAAUACGAUCAGCAGCAGCAGCAGCAGCACCAAUUCAACGAUAAUGUCGACCUGUCGGAAAAGUAA